AUGUCAUGUAUAUAUGGACAUCCUGAGCUACAAAAAAGGCAAGAUGUAUGGAAUCAAGUCAUUCAGUUUAGCACAUCAAUACCAGAAAAUGAAAAUUGGCUUAUAUUGGGUGACUUUAACCAAGUCUUAUCUUCUUCGGACAAACUUUCAAAUACUUCACACAGCUUGCAAGGGGCUGAAUCGUUGAGAGAAUGUUUAGACAUCUGCAAUCCAAGUGAAGUUGCAGCAAAGGGACAACAUUUUACCUGGACUAGUAAUCGGGAAGAAGAAAUCAUUACCUGGGAAAGACUAGAUCGGGCGUUUGCAAAUCCAGCUUGGUUUAGGAGCUUCUCGGAUGCAGUGCUUACUAAUUUACCCUUAACAGUGAGUGACCAUGGGCUUAUGAUUCUGCAACUGGAAAAAAGUGAACAUUUUAGGAGAAGGCCAUAUAGAUUUGAAUGGAUGUGGACAACACAUCCAGGAUGUAAAGAAGAAAUAAAAAAAGCUUGGAAUCAACAACAUCAAGGGUCAGCAGCCUACCAGUUGGUUCAGAAACUAAAAUGCUCACGUGAUGGUUUAAGAAGAUGGAAUAAGAAUACCUUUGGUAACCUACGUUUUAGGAGAAGAAAAAUGGAAGAAAGAUUAGCCGCUUUACAAGGAGAUCUUAUGAACAUGGAGAGCAGAAAUGAAGAGAAAGUACUGAGAAAUGAACUGGAGAUGAUAAUGGAACAAGAACAAAUGCAUUGGAUGCAGAAGUCCAGAGAGAAUUGGAUCAUUCAUAGUGAUAGGAAUACAAAGUACUAUCACACGUUGACAAAGAAAAGAAGAAUGAGAAAUAGGAUUUUAUCAAUUAAAAAUGGAAGAGGUGAAACAUUAGAAGAUAUCAAGGAGAUAGAAGAUGAAUUUCUCAAAGAAUAUGGAAAAUGCUAUGAGGAAGUUAGACAGGCCGCAUUCCAGCUAGGUCCAAUGAAAGCCCCAGGAGUGGAUGGAAAGCCUGCUACUUUCUACCAACAAUAUUGGGAUGUGGUCGGAAAUUUAACAACCCAAUCUGCUUUUGAUUUUUUGAACAAUGGGCAUAUUUUGAAAGAAUUGAACAAAACCUUGAUUGCAUUGAUACCAAAGAAGAAGGAUCCAUCAGUGGUGAAUGACUAUAGGCCCAUAAGCCUCUGCAAUGUGGCCUAUAAGAUUAUUUCGAGAGUCCUUGUGAACAGAAUGAAGGAAGUACUCAAUGAGGUAAUUUCUCCAUUUCAAUCUGCUUUUAUAAAAGGGAGAGCUAUAUCUGACAAUGUCAUAAUAGCCGGGGAAAUCAUUGAAACCAUUAGAAAGCGAGAGAACGGAAAAGGGAUCCUAGGGGCACUUAAACUCGACAUGAACAAGGCGUAUGAUAGAGUUAGUUGGCUUUUCCUUGAGACUGUGAUGGAAUCCAUGGGUUUUAAUGGACAUUGGAUCCAAGUCAUUAAAGAGAAGGUUAGAGAUCUUAUUCAGAACUUCUGUUACCUAUUAGGGCAGAAAGUCAAUUACUCCAAGUCUGAUCUAAUGGUAAGCCCCAACUACCCUCAGAGACAUAAGAGAUGGUUCAAAGGAAUACUGAAAGUGAAUCUCACUCAGAACCCGGAGCCUCAGGAGAAAGAGAAGUUGAAGGAAAAUGAAACCUCCUGCUUUGGAGGGGAAGACAAACUAGUUUGGAAAGCUGAACCAAAUGGGCAAUUCUCUGUCAAAGCUGCCUACAAAAUGGUUAGUGGAAAUCAUGGUAACGAGCACACUACUAGGGAUGAAGUAUGGUUUGCAUCAACCCUCACCCUGAGAGUGGAGAACUUUAUCAACAUAAAUUGGAUUGAAUGGAUUGCAACUUGGCUGGACAAAAAUGGAGCGCAAGAUGAUGAAAUGCAGUGGUUCACAAAUGAAUUGGUCCUCAACCUAUGGUACAUAUGGGUCCAGAGAAACGAGGUAAUCUUUCAGGGAUUGAACCCAAACCCCAUAGCAGUGAUUCACAAAGUUAAACACACAAGUUCAUGGAUACAAUCGGCCUAUAAAAACAACCAGGAAACCAACGAAAGAAUGAAGAGAAACAAGCUGGAAAUAAGAGUGCCGAUUGUUAUCAAUGGGGGCUAUCCACUUUUGCCGACGAACGGAUGGAUUGUCUGGGUGGACCUAAGAAAACGACAAGGAGCAAAUUGGUUCGGAGCUAGUAUGCUAGCAAGGGACUCACAAGGCAACACUAUUUUGUUAAGUAAGAGCAUUCAAGCAAAAGAGGCAUGGUUGGCGAGACUGAAGCUGGCACGGUUGGCGUACCAAAGAUUGAGAGAAUGUGGAGCUGAGGAAGUCCAUUUCCAGAAUGGUGACAAGAGAUGGAUAAAUGCGCUGAUAGCAAGGACAUGUGUUACUUGGCAAAAGCAACUACUGUUGGAGGAUAUCAAGAAGUUGAGCAAGGAAUUCAAGUUGAUAGCAUUUUGCAGGGGUCGUCAUCCACUAGCAAAAGAAGCAAGGAAGAUGGCAGAACAAGCGGCUAGAGCGUGGAUCUCAUACUCAUGGCCUUGA